UAGCAAAUGUUGUUUUACAUGAAUUAUCAGGAUAUAAUGCUGACCAGAACAUGACAGCUCCCUUAGAAGCUGAAUUACACCAGGAAUCUAGCAUGGCAUUGAGUAAUAGCAUGCAAGAUGAUGCUCUGGAACGCCUGGCUGAAGCAGAGAAGUUAGUGGUGGAGCUGAAAGACAUCAUUAGACAGAAGGACGUUCAGCUCCAGCAGAAGGAUGAAGCUCUGCAGGAGGAACGUAAAGCUGCUGAUAACAAAAUUAAAAAAAUAAAACUUCAUGCAAAAGCAAAACUGACUUCUUUGAACAAACACCUCGAAGAAAUGAAGGCACAAGGAGGGGCUGCUUCGCCUACAUCUACGGAACCUCAGCCAGCGGAGCCGCUCUCCAAGGUAUGGGAACUGGAUAGAGACUCGAUGUCCUCUGAGCCAGGAGCCCUACCCCAGCCAUCAGCAGUGGUGGGAUGAUACAUCAGAAGUGCUGCCCUUCCCUCCGAGCCUGCAGUUUGCUUGGACCAAAGGCCACACUGGGAGAGCAAAUGCAUACGGAAAUGUGGGCCUGAGUUGCAGGUGUUACCCAGACUCCCAGUGAGACUCUCAAAGGGCUGACAGGAAGACAUGAGUCCUGGAGUGAGACAGAGAGGAGAAGCAUAUAC